AUGGAAGAACAAAUUGCCUCACCCUCGAGAAACGGCCUGGGUCUUGAGAGUCCGAAUUUUGACCACGCGGAUCUGCACAAUGAAGACCAGAUGUCGUUACCAGAGAACCCAGCACAAGGAGAGCAGACGCCGAGAGAUGAGGUAUCCGUGGAUCCUGGGAUAUUGGUGCCGACGGAUCUGUUAUCGGCAGAGCCAGUGUUUUCUUCGGACGCCGUAGAUCCCGAGAAUAGCGCUGUGGACUUUUCGACCAUUCUUGCCACAACACCGGCCGACUUGGACGGUGGUGAGGAGCUUCCUUCUUUCGACCUAAGUGCGAGUGUGGGAGGCAGCUCGCCCGUAGGCCCUACCAUGGAGACACUAAGUACGGCGGCGGCCUCUCCAACUGCUCAGCAAUCGCUGAGCCGAUACUUGAGAGCGCAUGGCAUUGCGCACAACCCCUUAAAGGUGUUGCGAAUGUUCGAUUCUGAACAGGUUCCGUAUUCAGUCUCUCCGCGGAUUUACAACUACCUGGUUGAGCUGGCGCUACGCCACCAUGACCUGCAGGCAAUGGACUUGCUCAAGACCCAUCUGAUGGACCUGACUUGUAGACACCUUGAGGAUGCUCUUCACCUUUCCCAAGACCGUAAUCUGGAUCAGGACACACACCUGGAGCAAGCCCGGAAACAAGCGGAUACGACCAAUGCCACCCCUUCCACAGCGCCCCCGGCUGACGACGAUCUGAAUGGAGGGGUCGACAACCACGACUUCGAGGACCGCCCAAGCAGUCGGCAGUCCGGUUCCGUGAACAGCAGCCCCCGUCGGUUGGAACCCAAUUUGGUGGGCCCCAAUUUGGUGGGCCCCAAUUUGGUGGGCCCCAAUUUGGUGGGUCCCAAUUUGGUGGAGCCCGACCCAUUAGCCAGAGGCAUGUUGAAGCAGCACGACGGCGAUGUCGAUCGGCACGACGGCGAUGUCGAUCGGCACGAUAGCAAUCGGCACGAUAGCAAUCGACACGAUAGCAAUCGACAGUGGUGUAGUCGGGAGUCAUGCAGCGUCCAGCAAAAAGUGACUGAGUGUGGGAAUCGUCGUCGUAGCCCGUGUUUGGAAUUGAAACGUCUUUUCUUCGGUCCUGAUUGCGGUGUUGGUCGGGAUUGGGCUUCAGGUUAUGGUGGUCGUGGGUGUUUGGGUACGAGUCAGAUUUUGGAUUGUGAGAACCCUCGUUUAUUUACCCGCUUACUACGAGGUCGUCGUGAGUUGCAGAAGGAGGUGUAUGGAUUUGAAGUUGAUGAUUGUGGUGUGACGGGUGGUGGUGGAGUACCGUUCAUUCCAAGUUUGGGUAGUUAUGGUUCGUUGAUCCGAGGUUUUGGGAGUGUUACAGAUUUGAAUUCGGUAUGUUGGUUAUGGAAUCAUAUGCGUGUGUACAGUUUGCAUGUGCCAGAGUCAGUGACCUAUGGAUGUUUAUUUGAUGCAUUGGUGCAAGCUAAUGAAGUACGUCGUGCUCUUGUAGCAUUUCGUGCUAUGGAACAAGAAGGUAUUACAAAGGCGAAUACAAUUAUGUAUUCUACAUUGAUUAAAGGUUUCGCACGCGUGUGCUGUCAUGAUGCUGCCAUCUUGCUAUAUGAAGAAAUGCUUCGCAAUGGUAUCCAGGUUAACACUGUCACUUAUAACUCACUUGUGAAUGCCUGUGCACGCGCUGGCGAAAUGAAGGAGGCAGGAAAAAUAUUGGAACAGAUGAUCGGCAGUGAUAUACAACCUGAUCUUGUCACUUUCAGUACCGUGGUUAAAGGCUACUGCAUCCGAGGCGAAGUGGAGCGUGCCUAUCGUCUAAUGCAUGCCCUUAAGGAUAAAGGCGUCCAACCCGAUGGCAUUCUUUAUAACACUUUAUUGGAUGGCUGCGUUCGUUACAAGAAGUAUGCAUUAUGCGAACAAGUCUGGGAAGCUAUGGUGGCAGAUCAAGUGGCUCCCAGUAACUUUACUCUCACCAUCUUUAUCAAGCUCUUCGGCAAAUUAGGACGCGUAGAUAAAAUAUUCCAACUGAUUCAGGAAUUCCCCGAGAAAUAUGGCUUCAAUGUUAACGGACAUGUAUAUACCUGCGUCAUGAGCGCAUGUAUCAAUAAUCAACGCUUCGAUUGCAUAACUCCCAUGUUCUCAAAAUUACUCCUACUUCGAAAUAAUGAUGACUCCACAACUAAGACUCUAACCAGCCGCAGGGGCUCCAAUCGUAGAGCACGUGAAAGAGAUGCCAGUCGAAGAGGUGUAGUACCCGAUGCUAAAAGCUAUGAGACCGCACUCACGGGAUUACACCGUGGCAAACUGUUUCGGGAAGGUACUGAAAUCCUAGCGCUCGCAUUCGGAUUACCAAAUAAACUAUGCCAAAACCCUCUAGACCUCGCCUCCAUGCAACGACCACAACUCUCCAGAUGCACACUCUCAACCUGGCUCGAAGUACUACAACGCAAACGGGACUUCUCCUUCUACAAACCCGACGUCGAACACGCCCUCCGCACACAACUCACCAACCUGCCUCGACAUUACCGCUAG